AAAGGUUUUGUUGUCGCUAGAGUUCCUUUUCUAGGUAGUAGUCAAUCCUGCCAAAUGAUGCCAGCCCAUCGACAGCGAUACGAACGACAGCAUUCCAGGGGAGUUCAGCGCGUCCACGUCGUGCGGGGUGGUAAUUCAACCUUCGGCUGGCUCGGAGCUGAUGGAAGAAGCUAAAGGUGAACUCUCCAGUCGGUGACACAUGCGGCGGGAUAUGGACAGCCGAAUACCAUACCCUGACAAGUACCGCAAAUUCGACUUCUCUGCCAAACAUCGGCAGGUCACCGACAACUCGCUCGUCUUCUGGACCCCGGACAAGGUUAUCCUUGGAGCGAGUACUGUAGGCGAGCAUCCGGCGCCUGAUAUCCGGAACAUUCGGCUAAGGGAGUAAACCCUAACAGAAAAUCCUUCGACAGGCAACGGGAAACCAUCGAAGUACAUAUUUUCCCAUGAAAACCAAAUGAAAAUGUACAGUAAUCAGAGUAAUGUUGUGCCAUGCGAUCCGGCUAACGACCGGCGUUCUGGCACCCGGGACCAGAAUGUGAAAUAUGCGACCGGAAAACCACCACUAUCACCAUCUUUCAAACUAUGUAAUGUGAAUCGAAUUGCUACAUGGAAUGUACGCGGAAUGAUGACCACUGGAAAGUUACAGAUCGUCGAAAGAGAACUGCUCAGGUACCGAAUACCAAUCUGCGGAAUAUCCGAGACCCAUUACACACAGACUGGGCACUUCAAUGGACACGACUACGUGGUAUACGCGUCAAGCAGCGACACAACCCACCAAAGAAGUGUCGCUGUGCUGGUAGCUAAAGAGUUCAGCCAUACUGUCAAGAGCUACCAUGCAAUCAGUGAACGGGUCAUUCUAGUGCGUCUGAACACCAAUCCUGUCAGCCUCAACUUGAUCCAAGUGUACGCGCCUACAGCCGAUGCGGACGAGGAAGAGCUGAAGAGAUUCUAUGGCGAGCUUACCGACACACUGGAGUCACUACCCCGCAGAGAAAUGACCAUCAUCCUGGGAGAUUUCAACGCGAAAAUCGGAGACACCUCUAAUGAUCACCACCUGCGCGGAAUCGUCGGAAGAUUUGGCAUCGGAGAUCGCAACGAGAGAGGCGAAGAUCUCAUUCAGUUUGCUGUGGAAUCAGAUAUGUCAAUAGUCAACUCCAUGUAUCAACAGCAUCCAAGAAGACUGGUGACAUGGGUAGCUCCAAGGGACCGAUUCCGGAACCAAAUUGACUACAUACUGAUCAACAAACGUUGGAAAUCUUCGUGCCAAAAUGCCAAAACACUGCCAGGAGCAGAAUGCGGAUCAGAUCACCGAAUGCUCAUGAUGGAACUCCGUUUGAAGCUGCGAAUACCUAGGAAAAAGCCAGCAUUGCCAGUGAUGAGAGUCACAAAGCCAGAUGCUCUCUGCAGAGCACUCAAUCAAUCUCUGGAAAGUGCAGAAGACAGCACUGAUUUUGAACCCAGUGCAACAGCUGAUCAGCAAUGGAACAAUCUGAAGAAGCAUGUUCAAGAAGCUUAUUCCAGCACCCAUUCGCCAAAUGCUGCAAAAAAAUGGAAGCACUGGUUCUCUGAUGAAUCCAUAGCAGCGAUUGAAGAGCGCAGAAACAUUCCACGUGAUGCAGAGUACCAGCAGAAGAAGAAACAGCUUACUCAGCAGAUCAAUAAGCUCGCGCGACGUGAUAAGAACAUCUACGUUGGCUCCAUGUGUGAAGAAAUCGAGUCUCAUGCUGAGAAAAAUGAAACGCGCCUCCUGUUCCAGAAGAUCCGCUCAGUAACCAGAGAAUUCAAGGUUAGCACACAGAUCAUUCGAGAUGAAAAUGGCCAGAUCAAGACAGAUGCAGAGGAGAUUGCCGAAGUGUGGCGGAGAUACUGCCAAAAAUUAUACAGUGAGGAUAGUACUUCUGGCAGCGAACCUCGCACCUGUUCCAGUGAUUUCAGCACCAGUGCCAGCAGUUUUGGUGCCAGUUCCAGUGAUUUCAGUGCCAAUGCCAGCAAUCCGUGUGCUAGUUCCAGCAACUUUGGCACCAGUGCCAGUGAUUUCAGCGCCAGUUCCAGCGACUUUGGCGCAAAUGUCAGCAAUUUCUGCACCAGUGCCAGUGAUUUUAGUGCCAGUACCAGAGAUCCACGCACUCAUUCCAGAAACUUUGGCGCAAAUUCCAGUGAUUCCGGCGCCAGUACCAGCGAUCCACGCACCAUGACUCACAUGGGACUCGCAAGGGACCCGCAUGCGACCCGAAUGGGACUCGCAAGCAACUCGCCAGCAACCCGCAUGGUACUCGCAAGCGACUCGCCAGCGACCCGCAUGGUACUCGCAAGCAACUCGCCAGCGACUCGCAUGGGACCCACAUGGGACCCUCAUGGGACUCCCACGGGACUUGCACGCGCCAGUUCCAGUGAUCCGCGCGCCCAUGGCAGUGAUACACUGGACAACAUUGAAGAAAAAGAACCUUCAAUCCUCUACGAAGAGGUCCUCAAAGCCAUGGAAUACCUAAAAAACAACAAAGCUCCUGGCCCUGACAACAUCCCCGCCGAAGUCUUCAAAACUGGCAGCAUCGAAGUCACCAGAAGAAUCCAUCUCAUCUGCAAUCACGUAUGGCAAACUGGAGAAUGGCCAGACGAUUGGACCCAGUCAACUUACAUCACAUUGUACAAGAAAGGCUCACCAGAGAACUGUGAAAAUUAUCGCACCAUAUCGCUCAUCUCUCACGCCAGUAAAGUGCUCCUGAAAAUCAUCUAUGAUCGUUUGUAUCCACUCAUGCAGUCUGAAAUCCCACCAGAACAGGCCGGAUUCACCAAAGGAAGAGGUACCAGAGAGCAAAUCCUCAACGUUAGAAUGCUCAUUGAAAAAGCUCGUGAGUACAACGUUCCUGCGGUGCUCUGCUUCGUGGACUACAAAAAAGCAUUCGAUUGUGUCCAGUGGCAGAAAUUAUGGCGGAUUCUGCUGGAGAUGGGCGCUCCAAAACAUCUCGUGUGGCUGAUCAAACAACUCUACGAGAAGGGAUCAGCUAAUGUCCGCGCCAACAGGACAACAUCCGGGAAGUUUCACCCAGAAAAAGGAGUUCGCCAAGGCUGCAUACUGUCUCCUCUUCUGUUCAACAUCUACGGAGAGUACAUCAUCCGGGAGACACUGCAGAAGAUCAGAGAUGACUUGGGUGGAGCUGAUGAAUGGCCCGGAGGUGUCUUGAUAGGUGGCCGACGGAUCACCAACCUCCGGUAUGCCGACGAUACCACUCUGGUAGCCUCCAGUAUCGAGUACAUGUCAGUGCUGCUCAAGUGCCUGGAGGAAGUCAGCGCAAAAUAUGGCCUACUCAUCAACACGACGAAAACAAAGAUGAUGGUAAUUGACCGGCCAUCCAACAACUUGCCAGAGAUCCAGGAUGUCGGAGGAAUCGAAGUUGUCAAGAGAUUCUCCUACCUUGGAUCCGUCAUCGAGAACACCGGUGGAUGUGAAGCUGAAAUCCGUCACCGUUGCCAACUGACCAAAACUGCGAUGACUCGUUUGAAGCGAAUAUGGAGCGAUUCGGCAAUAAGCAAGGCGCUCAAAAUUCGACUCGUCAAUGCGCUGGUCUUCUCUGUCUUCCUGUACGCGUCGGAGACUUGGACUAUUCGCGAAGGAGAUCGAAGACGGAUCGAUGCCAUGGAAAUGUGGUGCUGGAGGCGACUUCUCAGAGUUCCUUGGACGGCUAAAAGAACAAACGCCUCCAUACUUCGAGAAAUUGGUGUCACCAAGCGCCUAUCUUCGGUGGUACUUAGUCGGAUACUGAAGUACUUCGGACGGCUGACGAGAGCUGAUGCCAUGGAGGCGAUAUUUGUGCAAGGAAAAGUAGACGGAGCGAGAGCCAGAGGAAGAUCUUCGACUCGAUGGACUGACUCGAUUCGCAAAGCGACUGGCUGCAGCUUUGCCGAAUGCGUGAGAAGCGCGCAGGAUAGGGAGCCGUGGCGCACGAUUACCCGCAGGAUUAUGUAAUUUUGGAAUGGUCACGAUACCCCCGCGCGGGGUGAUACGAUUAAAUGAUGAUGAAGUUCGAAAAUACGUUUUAUUUUAUACUUAUGCUAAUAAUUUUUGAGAAAAAUGAAAAAAAAAAAAAAAUAAAAAAUUA